AUGGACGCUCGAUCACACAUCUGUCUCACGUGUCAGAUCCCGCUGCGAUUGGAUGUGGCGUAUCGAAGCGGUGGCGAAUCGAGCGAGCCCGACAAGAAGAAUGAGAACGAGAUUGUUGAGUCGAUGAGCACGCAGACGAGAAAUUUGAUGAAAUUGAUAUCGGAUGCUCAAACGCCGCAUGAUGCGCCGGUUUGUAAGGAAUGUUCGGAUUCGUUGCUGAAAGAGAUGGAUGCUCGUCUCGCGUUUCUCGACGAAGAAUGCCUAUGCUAUAAAAAGUUUUGCGAUGAAUUGAAGGAAAAUCACUCGAGUUCGAAUCUGGCCGAAAUGAAAACGCAAUUGCAAAAUUUGCAGGAUGAAGAGCUUGCCCUACAAGCGCAAUUGGCGAAAUUGGCAGCCGAAGAAGAGCAAGCCGAUAAGGAAUUGCAGAAACGACGAAAAGAGUAUGAGGAGGCGAAUGAUUAUUCAUCGAGACUAUGGCAAAAAUAUCGCGAUAAUUUGUCGACAUUUCUCGCAAGAGAGGAUGAGCUCAAAAAGUUGUCAUCGGAAGUUUGCUAUGCCGAGCAGCAGCAGAGAAAGCUUGCCGACACCAAUGCGAUCGAUUUGUGCUUUCAUAUAUGGCUUGAAGACAAAAUUGGCGAGAUAAAUGGAUUUCGUCUUGGCACGCUGCCAGAUGUAAAAGUUGAUUGGAUGGAAAUCAACGCAGCGUUCGGACAAGUGGUAUUAUUGAUUGAGGUUCUUUAUGAGCGUUUGGGCAUUCAGCAUCCGGAAUUGGUGCCGGUCUCGAUGGGAAGUCAUUCGGUGAUAAAAAUGCGCAAAAAUGGAAGCGAUGGCGAGACGUUUCCCGUUUAUGGGCAUGGAACACCGUGUUCGGGCAGUAAUCCGCUUGAUGGUGGAAUCAAGAAGGUGUUGAAGCUUGUUGAGUACCUGCAGACCGAAUUGAAGCUGCGAAACGAGAACUUCAAAAUGAUCUACACGAUGGGCUCCGAGGGCUUCAUCGACAAUGGCGUGAAAUACAAAGCGGUGAUGAUAUUGAACAGCGAAGUGCGAUGGACGCGCGCAAUGGCGAUGCUGUUGAUGAAUCUGAAGUGCGCGAGUGAAGAUAUUGGGAUUUCGCCGAUGGUGUCGAGAAGGAACUCGCCGUCACGAAAACGAAGAUCGCUGGCUGAUUGUGCUGAAGAACGGACGACACAGCCUGGGCUCAAGAAUUGGCUAAUUUGGCUCGCAAUCUCGACGACACUUUUUUUCGCCGCACCGCCGCCGCUUUUUGAGGACGUUGACGAAUUUGUGCCAUUUUUUGACAAAAUGGAGCCGAACAAUUUUGUGAGUGCGCCGAAACCGUUUUUCGAUCGACCGAUGGGUCUGCGUUGGCGCGAUGACUCGCGAAUGAUGCAAGAGGUUUCGAAUGCGUACGUGAUGCCGGUGCUCACCGAGCAUCGUUCGGUCUCGCCGUUUGGCGGUCGACGAUUCGCGUCGCCGUCGCGUCCGACGACAUCGUCGAUGGCGACGACGUCAGCGAACAACGACUCGCCGUCGCUUGAGGAUAUCGAUUUGAUCGAUGUACUGUGGCGAAGCGACAUCGCCAUCGAGAAGGGCUCGAGACAUGUCGCGCUGGCCGAUCAAUAUGAGUGCGAUCUGCAGACGCUGACUGAGAAAUCGACGAUAAUGCCGCUGAACGCGAAAGAAAACGCACGAUACGAGGAUUUGUCGAAAGGCUAUUACGAGGACUUCUACACGCCGUUUGCGAAUGGAAAAGUGGCGACGUCGGCGGCGACGCCGACAGACGAUAUUCCCACUGAUGAGGAUCUUGCCGAUCUUCUUGACGAUGUCUCGAAAGAGGAGGGACAACUCAAUCAGCUCGACGCCAACUUUUUCGCCGACACGACUCGUCAACAGCCGGCGCUUUUGCAGAACGUCUCGAUGACGGAUGGGAUUGUCUACAAUCAGAAUAAUAUCACCGAAAUGAACAUGAUUCGCGAUGAGACGACGCAACUCGACGUUUCGGCGAACUUCGACACGUCGCCGACGGCGUGCAGCACGUUGUUCAAUCAGACGGACGCCGAAACGCGUCAGUGGAUUCGAUCGUCCGAGUUCGCGCCGUCGGACGUGUUCCCGCGCGCGAACUACGCGUUUGUGCCGAUGCAAAACGAUUCGGCGCAACAGAUGAUCUCGAACGGCAACGUUUCGUACGAUCACGCGUACGCGAAUCCGGAUCAGUCGAGAAGCGCGUUGCGAUCGAGUCCGAUAUUUGAUCCCUAUCAUUCGACGCGUCAAUCGUUUUCGGAUUGCAACGAUUCGUCAUCGACGUGCUCGCGCCUCUCGUCGGAAUCGCCGAAGCAUUAUAGCGAGUCGUCGACGGACGUUCCGCAGACUCUAUAUCACGGCAAAUUGAUUCCGGCCCAGUCGCCGCCAUCGCCGACGGCGGCGGCGGCGGCGGCAUCGCGAAUUCCGCGAAUUCCGCUAAGCGGUGGUCAUCGCAAACGCGGACGGCAAUCGAAGGACGAGCAGCUCGCGUCGGAGAACAAGCUGCCGGUGACGGCGUGCGAAAUUGCGCAGAUGAGCCUCUCGGAGCUUCAGCGGGUGCUCAAGACGGAACAAUUGACGGAGCACCAGAAGCAGUUGAUUCGCAAGAUUCGCCGACGCGGAAAGAACAAGGUGGCGGCGCGAACGUGCCGACAACGUCGCACCGAUCGUCAUGAUAAGGUGUUCAAACUCAACAUGAACAUGCGCGUUUGA